AUGGACAAUGUAAGAGAAGAUGUGAUGGGGCUUUUGAGCUUGUUUGAGGCAGCACAUCUUGGGAUACCAGGAGAGAAUGUCUUAGAAGAAGCAAAGAGUUUUAGCAGAAAUCAUCUCAAUUUGUUAACAGGAAAGCUGGAGAGUAACAUAGCUGAGCAGGUUCAACAGUCUCUGGACGUUCCACUGCAUUGGAGAAUGGCAAGGAGUGAAGCAAGGAACUUCAUUGAAGCCUACCAAAGGGAUAAGGCAAAGAGCUCUGUCUUGCUCGAGCUUGCUAAGUUGGAUUACAAUGUCUUGCAAUCAAUCUACCUAAAGGAGCUAGCAGAGUGGUGGGAGGACAUGAACUUCAAGGAGAAGCUACCUUUAAGCCGAGAUCGAUUGAUGGAAUCCUAUGUUGUGGCAGUGGGAUCAAUCUCUAACCCCCAAUUCCCCAAAGGCAGGAAGAAUAUUGCAAAAUUUUGUGCCACGGCAACAUGUGUUGAUGAUGUAUACGACAAUUAUGGAUCAAUUGAUGAGCUUGAAAAAUUCACUGAAGCAUUGGGUCGAUGGGAUAUUAAGGCCAUGGAGGAACUCCCAGAGUACUUGAAAGUAUGCUACUUAGCCCUGUAUAACUCUGUUGAUGACGUAGUCCAAGAUGCCUCCGAACAUCUUGACCUGGAAGUUCUACCUUAUGUUAAGGACAAAGUAAGUAAGACUAAUGGUCACGAGUGA